AUGUCUAACGACCCCCCAUCUCCCGUAUCCUCACCACUUUCUUAUCUCGAGCUUGUCAAGAUAUGCGACAAUUUUCGCCUACCACCUAACUAUGGCUCUAUUGAUGUCUUUCAAAGGCCUUCCGAUACAGACUCUUUUGUCCCGUGGACACUAUCACAGUCUCUAGGAAGUCCUGCUGUUGGGCUCUUGAGGCUCGACGUAGUAAAUCUCCUUCGAAAGGAGAAACCUGGGACGUGGGUCAUUCCAGAACCCCAGGCCGGGCACCGUGUCAGCUUUGAUGCAUCAGUCAACACCCCGAGAAAGCGCAUUGCAGUGCUGAAAGAGCUCUGUGAGCGCUGGCGCGACACUGGUGUAUUCCCUGCAAGCAUCGGGCCCCGGAAAUGGCGGAACGAGAUGUACCCUGUGUAUCGGAAUCCUUUUGGAGUGCACGACUACUAUCCUGAGAAUGAUUCUGACGAGGGACUAGGAAACUACGCCUUUGAGAUGGAGCGCGCUGCAUGUGCUCUUUUUGGUGUCGUAACCUAUGGGAUACAUAUGACUAUCUAUCAAGGGAUAGCCAGCAGCCCACAAGUGAAAAUUUGGGUCCCAACGCGUGCGAAGACGAAACAGACGUGGCCGAGCUGGUUAGAUAACACUGUUGCUGGCGGGAUACCCAGUGGCAUGCCUGUCUUCGAGAGCCUCGUCAAGGAGUGCGAGGAGGAAGCCAGUAUGGAAGCAGACAUCGUGAGGGAUCAUGCGAGACCCGUCGGAACAAUCAGUUAUUUCUUCAGGAACAAAAUGCACUUCUUGCAACCAGAGGUCGAAUACAAUUACGAUCUCGAGGUACCACACGAUACUCCGUUCCAGCCCCGCCCAUCAGACGGUGAGGUGGAGUCUUUUGAUCUGCUAUCGUUGGAUGAAGUGAAAUUCAAGAUGCGGCAGGGAAUCUUCAAGCCCAAUUGCGCCGCCGUCCUCAUCGACUUCCUUGUCCGACACGGCCACUUGACACCCGAUGAUGAACCCGAUUAUAUGGAGAUCGUCACGAGAUUACAUGGGAGAUUUGAACAUGAAAGAUGGUGCCAACAGGUAUGCAUAUAG